AGCCGGCCCUGGCUCGGGGGCGCUGCCCUCUGGCUGCAGCUCGGUGCGCGCCGCUCGCUGGACUCCCUCGCCCCGCAGCAUGGACCCGGCUCGCCGCCUGCUGCCCCUCGGGCUCUGCAUCGCCCUGUGCCUGUGGGGCACCGUGGCCCAGAAUCAUGGCGUACAAGGUACCACUGGGGACUGCAACAACCAUGUGAUAUGCCCAGCAAACACCAAGUGUGUGAACAGCACCCACUGCACCAGCCUGGAUGGAUACCAGCCAAGUGGGAAUCGCUUCUUCACCGACCCAACGGAGACCUGUGACGAUAUUAACGAGUGUCUGGGGCCGAGCCAGCCAGACUGCGGACCCCACGCACAGUGCAACAACACACCUGGGAGUUACUACUGCACCUGCAUCCAUGGCUACGAGCUCAGCUCUGGGAAAGCCAACUUCACGCACGCGAGUGAGAACAGCUGCCAGGACAUCGACGAGUGCAACCAGACCCCAGAUAUCUGUGGCCCCAACGCCGCGUGUAACAACACCAGUGGGAGCUACUGGUGUGAGUGCCGGGCCGGCUACGUCCCCUCCAACGGGAACACGACCCUGUGCCAAGCCCCCAGCAUUAACUGCAGCGCUGAGUUCGAGGGAAUCAAAGAGACGUGCAGGAAUUUCUCUCUGCAGGGAAAGUGGAGCAGCAGAAGCAGCAGUUUUUGCUCAUUCUUUAAUUCGACCUUCGACAUUUUGAUGUCCACGUGCAGAGAUGGGAGUGCAGCGUUAUCACUGGAGAACGUGACUCUCCGUUUCAACGCCCUCCUGAACAGCACCUCCCUCUGGGACGGCGGAGACAAGUGGGAGGUGGGGUCGGCCGUGACGGUCCUGCUGCAGAGCGUGGAACGGGCCGCGCUGGCCACUGCGCUCCGGUCUCUGGAGAGGACAACACAGAACGUGACGACAGAGUCUCUGGCUAUCCAGACGCGGCUCGUCACAGGGAACUGCAGCCAGCACAGUGAGGUCUUCACGCUGAGCGCUCACGAGGAGACAAUGGACGUGCACUGUGCUACAGUCACCGGGGCAGCCACACAAGCUGGUGUGGGGGCUGCUGCUUUUAUUUCCUACUCCACCCUGGACUCCAUCAUCAGUGCGAGACGUCUCAGUGAGGGAAAUCAACGGGCUGGUGGGAAGCUGGAGAAGAGUCACCUCAACUCCAGGGUGGUGAGUGGGGCCGACGGAGACGGGAGCCCCGUUCACCUCUCCAGCCCCGCAAACUUCACCCUGCGCCACAGACAGGCCAAAAAAGAGGAGGAAGAGGCUCUCUGCGUCUACUGGAAAGUGGUGGCUGAGAGCAGCAGCUGGUCUCUGGACGGCUGCACCGCCGUGCACACGAACAGCACUCACACCACCUGCAGCUGUGACCAUCUCUCCAGCUUCGCCGUCCUAAUGGCUCCCACCGCAGUGACGGAGAGUUCCCCACUGACCAUCAUCACCUACGUGGGACUGACCCUCUCCCUGCUGUGCCUCUUCCUGGCCAUCCUCACCUUCCUCCUGUGCCGCUCCAUCCGCAACGUCAGCACCUCCCUCCACCUGCAGCUCUGCCUCUGCCUCUUCCUGGCCGACCUGCUCUUCCUCACCGUGGUGACCCGCCCCGGCAGUCAGGUGGCGUGUGCUGUCAUUGCUGGCCUCCUGCACUACCUCUUCCUGGCCUGCUUCACCUGGAUGUUCCUGGAGGGGCUGCACCUCUUCCUCACCGUCAGGAACCUGAAGGUCGUGAAUUACACCAGCGCCAGCCGGUUCAAGAAGAGAUUCAUGUACCCGUUCGGCUACGGAUUCCCAGCCCUGGUGGUGGCUAUUUCUGCAGCGGUGAAUCCUGGUGGCUACGGAACUUCCACACACUGCUGGCUCAGCCUGGACAGAGGCUUUCGUUGGAGCUUCCUGGGUCCAGUCUGUGCCAUAAUCCUGAUAAAUAUAACGUUCUUUGCCCUGACCCUGUGGAUCCUGAGAAACAGACUCUCCUCCCUCAAUGCAGAUGUGUCCACCCUCAGAGACCACAGGUUACUGACCUUUAAAGCCAUCGCCCAACUCUUCAUUCUGGGCUGCUCAUGGAGCCUGGGUCUCCUCCAAGUCGGCCCAGCAGCCACGGUCAUGGCGUAUUUAUUCACCAUCAUCAACAGCCUGCAGGGAGCCUUCAUCUUCCUGGUGCACUGUCUCCUCAAUUGCCAGGUGAGAGAGCAGUACAGGAGAUGGAUCAAGGGAUUCCGAAUGUUCAGCUCAAAAUCUCAGCCAUCCGAUCUAUCCAUGUCUGCUGUCCCCACCACCAGCACCAAGACGGACUAACCCUUCUGCCAAGCGGAGUCGGCAGCAACCAGGACCAGGGUCAAUACCUAGUGGGUUCCAAUACAAAACCGAACCGACUGGAGCCCCCCAUGACGUUGUGCUCCAUGUGCUUUAUGGAAAUAUGCUCAUGAAUAUGACAUAACUGGAAUAUGCUUUACGCUAAAUACCCCUUGGAUGGUGUCUUUAGAAAGCUUGUAAUCUGUUAAGUGUGUUCAUCCUGUUUGUUUACAUGAAUUGUUUGGGUGAGUGGGAGCUCUGAGGUUCCCUGCUCCCCACGGCAGCUGAGCAGUUGUGGGGGAUCCCACUGCCUGCAGCGGCAGGGAGCUCCAGUUCCCCGCCUCCUGCGGCAAGUGGGAGGUUUAGGGUCCCCCACUGCCCAUGAGGGAAGGCUGCUGCAGGGCCUUCUCAUCUCCCACGGCAGCUGAGAGCCCCAGGGGGUCCCCCUCUUCCUGCCAGGGCUGGGCAACUACGGGGAGUCCCCCACUACCAACAGCAGGGCAGCCGGGGACGCUUGGUGGUGGAGACGGCCUUCCCCGUCCACGCCACCGAGCCACACGCAACCCCCUUCCACCGCACCAAGAUGAUCGGCAUUGCGGCUGAGCCCCUUGGGGAGGAGACAGGCCUGGGCAGUGGGGCAUCGCCAGGUAGGGUCCAGCAGAGGUGUCUCGGGGGUGCCCCAUGGCCUUCCUCCCCCAUCAGACUAGGAAGCUUCCCGCCCCCUGGCCAGUUAUGGGGUGGGGAUUAUUGGGGGGUAACGCUAAUUGGAGGGGAAAGACCUCAUGUCCGUGACCUCUGUGACAUAAUCGUAGCUUUAGCCAUGAGCAAACUCCUACCCCAGAAUAUACUGAGCAAUGUCUUUCCUGGGUGUGGGAAGCCCUGUUAGAACCACCUCCAGCAGCUGGAAUAUUCCACAGAAAAAUCAGGCGUAACCCCAUUGAAUUCAGUAGAGUUAAUCCUGCCCUGCACCCGGGUAACUGAGAGCAGUAGCUGGCCCACCUCAGCACCACACUGGUGUCCUGCAGCUCUGACUCGUCUCUCAAAGCCCUGGGAAGUGACCAGUCUCCAAUCUCAAGGGUGGAUUCUCAGGGGAAGGAAUAACCAACAUCCUGGUGAGGAACCCAAAGGGAGAUCGUCCCUAGGACAUGACAAGGGCUUGUGGUUGAGGAGAUACCAAGAGCCUUUCACCUCCAGAGCAGCAGCUGACCCCUUGUUGAGCAGAGGGGCCAGACCAGCCUGUGCUGGACCUGCACCCUAAGACUACCUACGUCUUCUGUAGCUCAUUUCCUCAGAAGGUCUCAAUGUCCUUUACAAAGGAGGCUAUUAUCAAUAUCCCCAUGUUACAUAAGGUUCCUGGGAAACAAGUGGGGGUGAUAGAUGGAACACAUAUCCCUAUCUUGGCACCAGACCACCUUGCCAAAGAGAACAUAAACCGAAAGGGAUACUGCUCAAUGGUGUUGCAGGUGCUGGUGGAUCACAAGGGCCGUUUCACCAACAUCAGUGUGGAAUGGUCAGGAAAUGUACAUGAUGCCGGCAGCUUUAGGAACUCCAGUCUCUUCAGAAAGCCGCAAGAAGGAACUUUCUUUCCAGAGUGCAAAAUAACCAUUGUUGACGUUGAAAUGCCAAUUGUUAUCCUUGGAGAUCCAGCCUAUGCCUUGCUCCCGUGGUUCAUGAAGCUGUACACAGGCAGCCUGGACAGCUGUAAGGAGCAGUUUAACCAUAGGCUGAGCAAGUGCAGAAUGGUGGUGGAAUGUGCCUUUGGAUGUUUAAAAGCCCGCUGGUGUAGUUUGCUAACUAAUUUAGAUCUCAGUGAAAGCAGUAUUCCCAUUGUUGUUGCUGCUUGCGGUGUGCUCCGCAAUAUCUGUGAAACAAAGGGAGAAAAGUUUCCGGUGUGGUGAGGGGUGGAGGCAGAUUGCCUGGCAGCCAACUCUGAGCAGCCAGACACCAGGGCAAUAAGAAGAGCACAUUGAGGCGCACUGUGUCUCCGUGAGGCUUUGAAAACUAGUUUCAUCCAUGACCCACAGUGAUGUGAAACUUAUGUGUGUUGUUCCUUACCAGAGGGGUAGCCGUGUUAGUCUGGAUCUGUAAAAGCAGCAAAGAAUCCUGUGGCACCUUAUAGACUAACAGACUUUUGCAGCAUGAGCUUUCGUGGGUGAAUACCCACUUCUUCGGCUGCUGUUCCUUA